GAGUGACAGACGCAGACUGAAUAUUCGGGUGUGCCAGAAAUCUGCGCUGUUCGCUCGAGCGCUCUCCAUCCCCGCGAGCGCGUCUCAUUGAGAUCUACACGCGCGGCAUGAAUCUCAUCCCAGCGUUUGUUCACUCACACGACAUCACUGUGGUCAGGUGUAAUGUGUUUUAUUGCUCUGAGAUGUGCGCGCAGGAUUAAAUCGGAUGGAGCAGUGGUACGCCGUUAAGCCAGUAACCGAGAGGAAAGCUAUAUUUGCGUAUUGCAACUGUCUGUGCGUGUAAAUCUGAGAAGAAUGGACACGCAAAAUAUGAUGCAGUGCAAGUGUCGUCAUCUGAACAUCCGCUAUUUCUCUUAAACGCAACAGCACAGCAAGAUUUAUCACGGAAAUCCUUCAUAUCUUGUAAUAGCCUCAUGGAAGCAACCAUUUGGACUGUGUAAGGUAGAUUAUUGUUUGUAUAAAUACAUAUUUUAGUAUAUAAACGUCUUUAAUCUCUUGAUUGUUUGAUUUGGCUAUUCGCAAACCAUCUAAGUAUUAUUAAUUUAUUCGGGUCAUCAUUAAGUAUUCAUACUGACAUUUAUCUCUGAUGCACUGGAAUGCGUCUUCUUCAUAUGAGCUGUGUCUUCAUAUGAGUUUAGUCAUUAUUUUUGCCCUCCCAAGUGUGAUUAUUCACCUUAAUGAGAUCGUUUGGCUGAAUGAUGCGGAUGCAUAGAGACUGAAUGAGAGGAGAGCUGGAACAGAACAUCAUCGGAGUCACGGACAGACUGCCACAUCCACGCUGAACGAAUCACUUUGACAUCUGGCACCAAAACUGCUUAGUCUGUCGCGACAUCUGUGAGCUGUAUGGUCUGUACUUGAGUUUAGGUUACACCCCAAGCAACAUCUAGAGAGGACUGACUCCGGAUUGAAUCCACGGCGGACCCAAGUCUAAACUAAAUGCAGAGAGAACUUUGUCUAGACUGAGUCCAUAAAUGACCUGAAACUGGAUUCAUUCCAGAAUCCAGACACAAUCCAGACAGGAUCUGAAUCUGGACUCAAUCCAGAUAGAAUCUGAAUCCAUAAAGGAACUGAAUCUGGACUCAAUCCAGAUAGAAUCUGAAUCCAUAAAGGAACUGAAUCUGGACUCAAUCCAGAUAGAAUCUGAAUCCAUAAAGGAACUAAAUCUGGACUCAAUCCAGACAGAAUCUGAAUCCAUAAAGGAACUAAAUCUGGACUCAAUCCAGAUAGGAGCUGAAUCCAGACUAAAUCUGUAAAGGAUCUGAGUGCAGUUUAAAACCACUGUGGAUCUAAAUCCAAACUGAAUCCUGGACUGAAUCCAGAUAGGAAUUGAACCCAGUCUUAAUCCAGAUAGGAUCUGAAUCUAGACUGAAUCCACAAAGGACCUAAAUCUGGACUGAAUGCAGACAGGACCUAAAUCCAGACUCAAUCCAAUCUAGGCUUAAAUCCAAAUUGAAUCCAGAUAAAACCUAAAUCUAGAUUCAAUCCAGAUCGAAGCAGAAUUCAGGUUUAGAACUGAAUCCAGACUAAACCUAAUCCAGGCUGAAUCCAUAGGGGACCUAUUUGAAUCCAUAAAAUACUGAAUCCAUCUAUGAUACCUGGGACACCUGCAGUGAUGCUCCCAGCCACGGAGGCAGCCAAGAUCUACCAGACCAACUACGUCAGGAACUCUCGAGCCAUCGGGGUCCUGUGGGCCAUCUUCACCAUCCUCUUCGCCAUAGUCAACGUGGUAUGUUUUGUUCAGCCCUACUGGAUUGGGGAUGGCAUGGACACGCCACAGGCCGGCUACUUCGGCCUCUUUCACUACUGCAUAGGAAGCGGAAUCUCCCGGGACCUGACGUGCCAGGGGAGCUUCACAGAGUUCGGCUCCAUCCCGUCUAGCGCCUUCAAAGCGGCGUCUUUCUUCAUUGGGAUGUCCAUGGUGCUGGUCCUCUCCUGCAUCGGCUGCUUCGCUCUCUUCUUCUUCUGCAGUACAGCCACUGUGUAUAAGAUCUGCGGGUGGAUGCAGCUGGCAGCAGGUACGUGUCUGGUGUUGGGCUGCAUGAUAUAUCCUGACGGCUGGGAUGCUGAUGAGGUGAAGAGGAUGUGCGGAGAAGGGACGGACAAAUACACCAUCGGAGCAUGCUCAGUGCGCUGGGCGUACAUCCUGGCUAUUAUGGGCAUCCUGGACGCCCUUAUUCUCUCUUUCCUGGCCUUCGUUUUGGGCAACAGGCAGGAUGGACUCAUGUCCGAGGAGCUGCUGGGAGACAAGAGUGGAAAUGCAUAGAUGCCAGAUACACUCAGGUGUUUCUGUCUCGUUUAAGGAAAAUUUUAUGUGAAAUCACAAUCCAGCUUUACCCAUCAUCCUGAGGGCAGGAAGCCUGACUGCAACGGUUUGAAAAACGUUAAAGCGAAGGAUGCAAACAGGGUGAAUAGAGUUGGGAACUUGCUGCUUUUCUGUCCAUAUCCCUUCUUUUCACUUCACUCCCUGGAAUUGCUUCUCAACAAAUCCCUACCCUAGUUUGAUUUACCGUGUUCUGUGCUACUAACAUGAUAGGGCAGCUAAUGCACCAUUUAGAAGCAAGUUUGACUUGGAAUAAUAAUAAUAAUAAUAAAAAAAAAAAGAGUUAUUUAUUUUACGUUGUGUGCUCUUCUUCAGGCCUGCAUUACAAUAAUGUUAAUAUUUUGGGAUUUAAGAAUUACUGUAAAACACUGUUCUAUUUGACUGGAUUGGAUUAUAAUGUAUACUAAUAGAGAAGGAAACGUUCACAGGCUUGAAUUGUGGGAUGUACACUCUCUGGCACAGAGCUGCAACACAGUCACUAUCACCCCGGACGGACAAAAAAAAAAAAAAAAAAAAAAAGGGACACUGAAUCUUGACCCCUUUUUCUCUGAGAGCCAGUCUACAUGCAACAAGUGAUCAUUUAUUGGGUUUCAAAUGUACAAUUAUUUCACCGCAACGCUAUCCAACAUUGUUUAAAGGGGUAUGUAAACAGAAGGUGAGAGUUCACUGUUAAUAUAUUUAAAUAAAAUACGUGUCAAAAUUAGGGGCAGACAUCUCUGCCAUUAGUAAUUGUGCACAAGCCAAGUAUAUACAGAAGUAGGAGAGUGUUUUAAGUAUUAUGUAUUGAGUGUAUAUGUUGAAUUUCUGUAUGUCUCUAAUUCGAUAUUUACUUCUCGGCAGUGUUGGUGCUGUAUAGUUAUGUGUGCCAUAAUUAUGAUGUUCUCAGCUGGUACCGUUUUGUACUCUUGGUAUAGUCAUUCUGUCCCACCAAGAUAAACGAACGCCAAUCAAAAAAAGAAAAUGUCAUGAGAAAACCUGGAGGAUGUGGUUUCAAAAAGCAAACACCCACAGGAAAUGACUUCACUGUGUACCUAGUGCCACUCCCUCCUUUCUUGGACAGCUGAAGAGUUUGGAUGAUACUGGAUGAAGUUCUGAAGGGUAAGAAAAGUGAAAGAAAAAAAUGUUUCACUUUAUUUAUUGGGUGUCUGUCUUGUCGGAUGUUGUAUGUAGAAAAUGAUGUAAAUACACCAUUAAAAUGUAUUAGUUAUAAAAGUUCAUUAAAGACAAUUCACCCACAUUAACGAAUAAAGAUUUUACCUCUGCAGACUAAAGUCAA